CCGCCGCACCCCGAGGAGGAGCGGCAGCCGCGGAUCAGCGAAAGCGGCCAGUUCAGCGACGGACUGGAGGAUCGAGGCUUACUAGAAAGCAGCACCCGGCUGAAACCUCAUGAAGCUCAGAACUACAGAAAGAAGGCAUUGUGGGUAUCCUGGUUCUCCAUUAUUGUCACACUGGCCCUUGCAGUAGCUGCCUUCACUGUCUCCGUUAUGAGGUACAGCGCCUCUGCUUUUGGGUUUGCAUUUGAUGCCAUCCUGGAUGUCCUGUCAUCAGCGAUUGUCCUGUGGCGUUACAGCAACGCGGCUGCGGUACACUCUGCCCAUAGAGAGUACAUAGCCUGUGUCAUCUUGGGGGUGAUAUUCCUUCUGUCAUCCAUAUGUAUAGUGGUCAAAGCCAUCCAUGACCUCUCAACUAGGCUGCUCCCAGAAGUGGAUGAUUUCCUGUUCAGUGUCUCCAUUUUAAGUGGGAUCCUUUGCAGCAUCCUGGCUGUGUUGAAGUUUAUGCUGGGAAAAGUUCUGACCAGCAGAGCACUCAUAACAGAUGGGUUUAACUCCCUCGUGGGUGGUGUGAUGGGCUUCUCCAUUCUUCUGAGUGCGGAGGUGUUCAAGCACAAUGCGGCGGUCUGGUACCUGGAUGGCAGCAUAGGCGUGCUGAUCGGCCUCACCAUAUUUGCCUACGGGGUCAAGCUUCUCAUCGACAUGGUGCCAAGGGUGAGGCAGACGCGACACUAUGAGAUGUUUGAGUGAAGGUGGCCCUGGGGACCAAGGAGGGCUGCUCUGCAUGAAGACCGUCAGGACGACGAAAAGUUUCCACGUAGGCAGACGGUGCCAAUAUUUAACUGAACAUCAGUUUCUUUUUUUGGAAGUCUUCUUUCAUACAGUUUGUCAUCACAGGACAAGGUCUGCCCAGUGGGUGCAUCUGCCCUGUACCCUCACUCCGCUGCCCCCCAUCACACACUUAGGACAAUGCCUGCAGGAGGGGACACACUUCCCCAUCUCAAGCCGGAACUGACAUUUUCUGUUUUCUGGAGUAAAACAGUUCUUGGGGUAGGAUAAGAUCUCUGCUUGGCAGAAAGCCCAACUCUGGUGCUCUAAGCCUGAAACAGAUAGCGAGCAGGUCCCUCUCCUCUGGACUGUGUGUGGCCCCAGCCACCUCCUAGUUCUAAGGAUUCUUCUCUCCUGGCAGAUUUUAAGGGAAGACUGGGCCCUUUAGUCCCUCAUCCCCUUACGUAACCAGAACCAUCAGUGUAUCACUAAUUUCUAUCAGUGUGUUUCAUUAGUUUCAUACUGUUUUACUAAUCCUAAAUCUAAACAGAUUUGUUCUAAAGAAGACCAUUCUAUUUUUUAAAGUACUUAGUGACAUAUGUAUGAGCUUUGCAUGGACGAGCUAAAUAAGCACAUGACCCUUUCUCAUACACUCAGAACCUGCACAUCCAUGUAAAAACAGGAUCCAUUUUUGAGAGAUGUGAAACUAGUUUAUUUGUAAUAAAUAAUUAUAUAAUCUAUCUGUAUAUGCAUAUAUCUAUAUGCUGUGUCAAGUGGUAAUGAUACAUUACAGUCUGUGAGAGAUGGUUUACUCCUCUGUAAGGAACAAGAUGUUCUCCGUUUAUGUAAGGUUAGGUAUAGAUUCUGUAGACUCCAUUCCCCUUACCCUGCAGCGUUCUGUACCUCUCACAGUACUGUCUGCCCAAUAAAGACCUUUACCUGUUUUGUACGGCA